AUGAUGAAAAGUUAUAAUUUUAUCAAAUCAAUAAAAAGAAGUAUUAACUAUUCUUUGUAUUUAGUUACUGAUGAUAAAUUUUUAAAAGAUAAAGAAAAUGUAUGUCAACAUUUUAUUGACAAAAUUGUUGAAGGAGUUUUAGGAGGUGUUAGUUUGGUGCAGUUAAGGUUAAAAAAAUCUGAUGAUAUAUAUUUUUAUAACAUGGCUGUAAAAGUGAAAAAUAAAUUAAACCAGCAUAAUAUUCCCUUAAUUAUAAAUAAUAGAUUGGAUAUAUGCUUAAGUGUUGAUGCAGAUGGAGUUCAUUUAGGGAAAACUGAUAUACCUCUUAACAUAGCUAGAAAUGUAUUAGGAGAAAAAAAAAUUAUCGGUGCAACAAUAAAUUUUAGUGAUGAAAAAGACAUUGAAAUGGCUAUAAAUAAUAAUAUAGAUUACAUAGCUCAUGAACAUUCUUUAUAUGAUUCUGAAACAAAAAAAACAACUAGCUCGUAUGCAGUAGGUUUAAUAGAACAAAUAAAUCUUUUACAGUGUAAAAUAAAGUGUCUUAAAGAAAAAAGGAAAAUUUCUCCAUAUUCUAAAAUACCUCCUAUUUUAUUAAUAGGUGGUAUUAAUACUAUGAAUAUAAAAGAAACUAUGAUAAAUUUUUAUGAUAUAUGUUCAGGUAUAGCUAUUGCUUCAGGGAUUAUCGGUGAAUAUAGCAACCCAUUUUUAAAUGCACUUAAAUUAAGAUUUAUAAUUGAUAAAUAUAAAAAUAACUAUAAUAUUGCCUUUAUUAAUAUGUAUAGCAACUUGUUAAAUUAUUUAUUUUAUAAAAUUACUAAUAAUGAAGUAUGUAUAAAAAAUAUAUUAAAGGAAAAGAAUGAGCAAGAAAAUAAAAAUUUUAUGAAUGAAGUAGUUACAAAUGCUAAUAUAAAAAAAAAUGUACUCAAUUUUUUUAUAAAUAAUUGUAAACAUAAAAUUCUUCAAUUAAAUCAAUCUAUAAUAAACAAUAGCAAAAUAAAAGUUUACCUUUAUGAAUCCAAAUUUUUAUAUUCAAAUAAUCAAAGCUCCUCUAUUGUAAAUAAUUCACACUACGAUGAGUGUGUGAUUAAGUGGAUAGAGAAAAAUAAAAACGAAAGUAUUAAAAAUAAAAUAUUUAUUUUAAUUGGUGAAGAAAUUCUUCAUUUGUUUAAAAAAUAUUUUCAACCUGAAUUUUUUAAGUUAAAUUUUUUUUUCUUAAUAGAGAAAAAUUCUCAAAUUAGUUAUGACUCAUUUAAACAUUUUGAAUAUGAUAUAGAAAAUGUUUCUAUAAAAUAUGCGGAAAAUUUUAUUAAUAUAAUUUUAAAAAACAAUUUUUUUAAUGAUGAUAAAGUUUUAAUUUUAGGAUUAUUUUUAUCAUAUUUUUUAAUUACUCAAGAAAAAAUAGCACCUCAAUUUUUAUCAAAAAUUAUAACUGAAAGUAAUAGUAUAGAUGAUGACACAUUAUUGAAAUGUAUUGGUGCAAUAGAUAUUUCACUGAAAUUAUUAGGAAAUAAGCAAAUUAUAAAAAUUUGA